GAAGCAUAUCUUGCUACAUCUCGUCGCUGAACUUUGUCAACCACUGACUCUGAGACCCAAAAUCAAAACAAACAUAAAAUUUAAGAAUCAUUGAGAGUAGAGCACCACCAAAAUGCCUUCUUUGAAAUAUCCAGUCGUCUUUUUGUCUCUCCUCACGAUUGCCUCCCUUAGCCUUACCAGUGAACGUGCAGUACCCACUUACAGUAUUCACUAUUGCUCGAACUCAACCUUCUUCACCCCUAAUGGCAGCUUCGAAUCCAACCUCAACUCGGUCCUCUCCUCUCUUUCCUCGAACGCCACAUGGUCCGGUACCGGGUUUUACAACGCCUCUGCCGGCGAGGACCCUCCUGACGUGGUUUUCGGGCUCUCUCUCUGCCGGGGAGACGUCAGCACCGCCGUCUGUCAGGACUGUGUUGCCGCCGCGACCAAAGAGAUACUACGGCGCUGCCCCUUGGACAAAGUUUCUAUAAUAUGGUACGACGAGUGCUUGUUACGUUACUCCAACCAAUCCAUCUUCGCUACCGUGAGCGAAGUGCCGAGGUAUUACCUGAUCAACACUGGAAAUAUCCAAGCGGCGGACAGUGAACGCUUCAGCCAGUUGUUGGGCACCACAAUGAAUUCGUUGGCGACGCGGGCCUCGAAUUCUCAGUCGGGAAAGCAGUUUGCGACGGAGGAAGAGGAAUUCAACAGUUUGCAGACGCUGUACAGCCUGGUGCACUGCACGCCGUAUCUGAUUGUGUCCGAUUGCUAUAGAUGUUUACGAAGCGCCAUUGGUAGUCUUCCAUCAUGCUGCGGUGGGAAACAAGGUGGAAGGGUUCUGCUACCGAGUUGUAAUCUCAGAUAUGAAUUGUACCCAUUUUACAACGUCACAACGGCUGCUCCACCUACAGUUCCGCCUCUUGUCCCAGGAGGAAGCAAAAUGUCGUCUCUCACAAUUCUUGCCAUUGUCAUCCCAAUUGCUGUUGCCGUGGUUCUCUUCUUGGUGGGCUUUUGCUUCUUUCGGAGGAGAGCAAUGAAGAAAUACAAUAUGGUGUCCAAAGAAAACGUGGGAGAUGAAAUUAAAACCAUAGAGUCCUUGCAAUUUGACUGGGAUAUUAUUGAAGCUGCCACAAACAAGUUCUCAGAUGAUAACAAGAUAGGAGAAGGGGGAUUUGGUGUUGUUUACAAGGGUACCCUUUUUAAUGGGCAACAAAUCGCUGUGAAGAGACUAUCUAAAAGCUCUGGGCAGGGUGCCGUCGAGUUUAAGAAUGAGAUUUUAGUGGUAGCCAAGCUUCAACAUAGAAAUCUGGUUAGACUAUUGGGAUUUUGCUUCAAAGGAGAAGAGAAGUUACUCGUUUAUGAAUAUGUGACCAACAAAAGCCUUGAUUACUUUCUAUUCGACCCUGCGAAGCAAGGACAAUUGGAUUGGUUAAGACGUUACAAGAUUAUUGAAGGAGUCGCUCGAGGAACUCUUUACCUUCAUGAAGAUUCUCGGCUAAGAAUUAUUCAUCGUGAUCUCAAAGCUAGCAAUAUUCCGUUAGAUGAUAAUAUGAAUGCAAAGAUUUCAGACUUUGGCUUGGCAAAAAUAUUCGUAGUGGAUCAAACUCAAGGAAAUACCAGUAAAAUUGUUGGUACAUUUGGUUACAUGUCUCCAGAGUAUGCAAUGCAAGGACGAUAUUCUGUAAAGUCAGAUGUGUUUAGCUUUGGAGUCUUGGUUCUAGAGAUCAUAAGUGGACAUAAGAACCGCCGUUCUAAUCAAUCAGAUCAUGCCGAGGACCUCUUGAGUUAUGCUUGGAAUCAAUGGAGUAGUGGGACACCCUUGGAGUUGUUGGAUCCGGCUCUCAGACAUUCUUAUUCAAGAAAUGAAGUUAUUAGGUGCAUCCAUAUUGGGUUAUUGUGCGUUCAAGAAGCUCCAGCAAACCGACCUACAAUGGCAACAAUAGUUCUUAUGCUUAACAGUUACUCUGUUACGCUACCAUUACCUCAGCAGCCAGCAUUGUUGCAUCGAAGUUGAGCAAAGCUGGACAAGCCAACAAAGGAGCUGGGCUCAGACCAAUCUUCUUCAAGUAAAGUAAUUUCAGGGUCUGUUAAUGAAAUAUCGCUUACUGAAAUAUACCCUCGAUAAUGUGAUUAGACGAGGUGUUGUCCAGAACCAGUUGAUGAUGUUAUGUUAGUAGUUGGUGGAACCUGUACUCCAAUUUGCAAACACGAGGAACUCAAUAGAGGGUUGGGGCCGUAAUAUACUGUCCGUGGACAAAUCAUUUCCGUUGUUA